AUGCUCAAGAAGUUAGACAGAACCUUAGCAGGCAUGGUUGAAAGAAAACAGGACUUGGAGUCACACUCAGCUAUCCUCAGCCUCCAGGACAGGCCAACACCAGUUUUUGAGCUUAGCUCCUUAUCCCUGAUCAACCACGAGUUCCCAGGUUCGUCAGAAUUAUUCCACCGAGGUGGAGGCCCCCGUCCACCGCCUGUUCAUCUUGCAUCUGUGGACACUUACCUCUCUCUGAGCAUCUAUUUCGACAGCAACAAUGGGACUCUGGACAGUAUGGGCCACAUUUUUCGCCAGCUGGCUGAGGAGAAGUGUGAGGGCGCCCAGCGCCUCUUGAAAAUGCAAAACCAGUGCUGCGGCCGCGCCCUCUUCCAGGAUGCGUGGAAGCCUUCUCAGGAUGAGUGGGACUCCCAGCUCUGUGACUUCCUGGAGAGCCGCUUCCUGGAGGAGCAGGUGAAACUCAUCCAGAAGAUGGGCGACCACCUGACCAACCUCCGCAGGCUGGCUGGUCCGCAGGCUGUGCUGGGCGAGCAUCUCUUUGAAAGGCUCACCCUCGAGCCAAACAGGAGUCUCUGA